UGGCAUAUGCUUUUAACCGAGGUUUAUAUUGAUACGGUCGGAGAUCCAGGGAAAUAUGAGGCAAAAAUGUCUAAAAAUUUCCCAUCUAUCAAAUUUGUGGUUGCUAAGAAAGCUGAUAGUCUUUAUCCUGUUGUCAGUGGUGCAAGUAUAGCUGCAAAGGUUACGAGGGACCGAGCUGUAAGAGAUUGGGUGCUCGAUGAGACUGCUGAUAAUAUACACAUGAACUUUGGUUCUGGAUAUCCUGCAGAUCCCGCAACCAAGUCUUGGCUAGAAAAUCACAAACAUUCUAUCUUCGGUUUUCCAAUAUUGGUUCGGUUUAGUUGGGGAACUUGCAACACUUAUUUUAAAAGUGGUGCUGAAGUUUUAUGGAAGAAAAUGCAGGAAGAAAAUGCGGUGAGAAAUGGCAAAAGACAUUAUCCCACAGUAAAAUGGAACACUCAAGACUUUCUAGGAGUCGUUAGAACAUUAUCUUGGACGUCAUAG